AUGCAACAUGUACAAACUGCCUGGGUUUGAUGGUUGCCAAUGGUUGCGCUGUCGACAAACUUUGGAUCGAUAUCGUCGCGAUUGUGCUAAUGAAGGGAAGUACUUCGAGGCAGCGCUUGCAGAUGCCAGGACAAAGGAGCUCAUUAGAUUAGAAGGCCAGUGGCAAAGAGAGGUUGUGUUGAAGCGGUUUCUUGCAGAACGUCGCAAGCUGGGGCACGAAUUUCAGAACGAAUUCAAGGAAUUGCUGCUAAGCUUGGAUCAGUCCUUCAAGACCUUUAAGGCUGAGAAGCAAAAGAGAAGAGCGAACGUCGGGCAGAAUAAAGUCAAGGAGUCUUGGCCAUCGGAUCAAGAGGUCUCAGAAGAGGCGGAAGAGGAGGAACGAGAAGAUGAUGAAGUCUUGGAGGUUUCUGCGAGUGGCAGUCAUUCAAAGGUGAUGGCGCGCUGCACCUGGAGCGAAGAGAUCCAGGACAGCAAAGUUAUCUCGGAUCCCACUACCUUGGUGAUGUCCACUUUUCCACUGAUUACGCGGUCUGGUCAUCCUGUGGAGAAGGAAGAGUUGGCUUCACCUGAGAUACAAUUGCCUUGUCGGGUUCACUCAGUCAAAGCAAUUGAGUUGAGACACAAGGCAAGAAAGCUCGCUUUGGUACACAGGUAUGCCGCCGCCGCAAAGCUUCAGGCAAAGGCAAAACACAUUGAGGAGGAGUGGCGUCAAUCCCAUGUUGCGAAAGUGAAGGAACAGGAGAAGGACACAUCACAGGAGAUGCUUGCAAGGGAGAAGAUUCGGUUGGAGAAGCGUUUGGAAGAAGAACAACGAGCUCUUAGCAAUGACGCCCUGAGAGCUCAGCAACAGCUCCUACAACAGCACAGCUGUCGGAAAGACCGCUUGGUCCGCAGGCAGGUGAAGAUUUGGAAGUCUGUCAGAGGAUCCCAGAGCCUUGAAGAGGCUCUCAGGGAGGCAGCUGGACGCGGAGACAGCUCAGUGGCAUCUAGCGAAGCAGCGAGUUGGGAUGCGGCUUGGGAUCUUAGAUGAUGCACAUCUUGUGCUUGGGAUGUUUGGAACGUUUUGACCGGAAAAAGCUGAAUUUUGAAACUGUUCUCUGGUGAUGUUCGUCCCACAUUCGGGAACCGAGCCAACUAUGCCACCAGUUCAUCUCCGAAGCUUGCAGGGAAACCGCGGCAACCGUGGCAACUCGCGUCCGGCCUCAGCGCCCGCGCGGAGAAGGUGAUGUGUUGAGCAACGCGAUGCCACACGAGCCACCGGUGAUCUGCGAUGAAUUCCCCGAACUCCAACGAUGAAUUCCGGUGGGACUUCCCACUUCCUUGCCAUCUAAGAUGGAAAGUGAAGAAACAAGUGAUCGGACAGCCAAAGCCGGGAUUGGAAAAG